CGCCGCUACCCAGCGCCGAGUCCCAGCAUGCACUGCGCCUGGCCGGCGCUUCGAUUGGGGGCCACCCAGGCUAUCCCUGGGAGUCAGGUUGGGACGGAGUAGAAGGGGAGUCCGUGUGCAGUUGGGCUGGUUCCCGCGGAGCUGUCGGGGACGGUCAGCGUUGCCAGGGCCGGGCGGGACCGCGGGGGCCAUGACGGAGCCGCUUCGGCUACCUCUGACUUUUGAGGAUGUUGCCAUUUAUUUCUCGGAGCAAGAGUGGCAGGAUCUACAGGCAUGGCAGAAGGAGCUUUACAAGCGUGUGAUGAGAAGCAAUUAUGAGACUCUCAUCUCACUAGAUGAUGGACUUCCAAAACCAGAACUAAUAGCCUGGAUUGAACAGGGGGAAGAGCCCUUCAGGAACUGGAGAGAAUCACAGAAAUCAGGAAACAUAAUUUGUUCCUCUGUUGAUUUGCAUUUAGAGAUAGGUUUUGAGGAACAGCUGUUUUGGGGAAGCCAGCAGGCUGUGAAUUCAGAGAAAACGAAAAGCCAUUUACAGUUAGGUCCUCUUGAGAGCCAGUGUUCCUUUGGAUCCCUUUUAGGAGAAAGGGAAGCUGUUUCCUUCAGGCCUGACCAAGGCAUCACCCUUGGGAGCCCACAGAGACAUGACGCUAGGGCUCCUCCACCACUGGCCUGUGGCCCCAGUGCAUCGGCCCAAAAAGAAGGAAUCCCAGGUCCCAGAAAUCUGGAUCUCCCUGGUUUGUGGGACGUCCCUGCUUGGGAGAGCACCCAGUACCCUUGUCCUGUCUGCCGGGAAAGCUGUUGGGAGAACAACCAUUUAGUAAUGAACCAGAGGGGCCACUCGAAGGACCGGCUACCUAGAGCCUGGGAGAAACUCAACAAGCGGGCAGAGACACAGCUGCCGCGGAGCUGCCUUUGGGGACAGAAGCAUUUCCGGUGUGGCGCGUGCGGUAAGAGCUUCCGCCGGAAGCCAUAUCUGCUGCGCCAUCUGGCUGCCCACACCGGAAGGGGCCCCUUCCAGAGCGCCGACAGUGAAAUGUGCUUCCGACGGGAGCGGGCCUAUCCCAGCAACUGCCUCCGGCAGAAGCCUGGCCAGUGCACCCUGUGCAGCAAGCUCUCGCUCCCGGUAGACAGCACGCAGGCCUGCCGGUGCCAGCACAGCCGGGAGGGGCUGGCCUCCUGGAGAGAAGGCGGUGGGGCCUCCAGCAGUAUGCACUCAGGACAGAAGCCAGGCUCACGCCUGGCCAGGGAAGGGAGUGGCCAUCAGGAGGGGGACACGGAGGCCCUGCAGCAUGGUGCGGAGGGGCCCUGCUCCUGCCCAGCAUGUGGCGAGCGUUCCCCUACAAGUGCCAGACUCGCCAGCCGCUGCAGGGCGCACACAGGAGAAAAACCCUUCCAGUGCCCGCACUGCCCCCGGCGCUUCCGCCUGCGCCGCCUGCUGCAGGGCCACCAGCACGCGCACGGUGGGGAGAGACCGUUCUCCUGCAGGAAGUGUGGCAAGGGCUUCGCCAAGCAGUGUAAACUCGCGGAGCACGUUCGAGUCCACAGCGGGGAGAAGCCUUUCUGGUGUGCCAAGUGUGGCAGGAACUUCCGUCAGAGGGGACAGCUGCUGCGGCACCAGCGGCUGCACACGGACGAGAAGCCCUUUCAGUGCCCAGAAUGUGGGCUGAGCUUCCGCCUGGAGAGCAUGCUGAGAGCCCACCGGCUGCGGCACGGCGGGGAGAGGCCGUUCUCCUGCAGCGAGUGCGGCAGAGGCUUCACCCACCAGUGUAAGCUCCGCGAGCACCUGAGGGUGCACAGUGGGGAGAGGCCCUUCCAGUGCCCGGAGUGCGACAAGUGCUUCCGCCUGAAGGGCAUCCUGAAGGCCCACCAGCACACGCACAGCAAGGAGAGGCCGUUCUCGUGCCGGGAGUGCGGCAAGGGCUUCACCAGACAGUCCAAGCUCACGGAGCACUUGCGUGUGCACAGCGGGGAGAGGCCCUUCCAGUGCCCAGAGUGCGACAGGAGCUUCCGCCUGAAGGGACAGCUGCUCAGCCACCAGCGCCUGCACACGGGGGAGAGACCCUUCCAGUGUCCGGAGUGCGGCAAGCGCUAUCGCGUGAAGGCCGACAUGAAGGCCCACCAGCUGCAGCACAGCGGGGAGAUGCCGUUCUCCUGUGAGUGCGGCAAGGGCUUCGUGAAACACUCGAAGCUCAUUGAGCACAUCAGGACACACACAGGAGAGAAACCUUUUCAAUGUCCCAAGUGUGACAAGAGUUUCCGCUUGAAGGCGCAGCUGCUCAGUCAUCAGGGCCUGCACACAGGGGAGAGGCCUUUCCACUGUCCUGAGUGUGACAAGAACUUCCGGGAAAGGGGACACAUGCUGAGGCACCAGCGCAUCCACAGGCCCGAGAGGCCCUUUGCCUGUGGCGACUGUGGGAAGGGCUUCAUUUAUAAAUCUAAGCUUGCAGAACACAUCAGAGUGCACACAAAAUCUUGUCCUGCUCCAGGUGAGCUGGAUAUUAAGAAAAGGCUCAGCCAACUGUUUGCAAUGAUAGAGGCCGAUUGGAGUUGAGGCAGAGUGGGACAGCUAAAGCAUUGAGCAGGAUGGGGAUUGCCGGGGAAUCCACAGCAACAGUACCCAGACCCGCUGGAAGAUGGAUUGUAGGAGCAGGUGUCCUUCUUUGAGCAGGAGUGUAAUACAAGUUAGGAAUAUAAGGAACCACAAAAGAUUUUCUCUUCGGAAAAUCAGUAAUUUCUUGUUUUUUUGUUUUUUGUUUUGAGUCAGCGUCACCCAGGCUGGAUUGCAGUGCCACGAUCUCAGCUCACUGCAACUCCUUCUCCUGGAUUCAAGCAGUUCUCCUGCCUCAGCCUCCCAAGUAGCUGGGAUUACAGAUGCCUGCCACCACAUCGGGCUAAUUUUUUGCAUUUUUAGUAGAGAUGGGGUUUCACCAUGUUGUUCAGGCUGGUCCCGAACUCCUGACCUUGUGAUCCACCCACCUCAGCCUCCCAAAGUGCUGGGAUUAGAGGCGUGAGCCACUGCUCCUGGCCUUAUGUUUCCUAUCCAGUGAUAAAAAGAGAUCUUUAUUCUUCCUGCCAUCUUCGGUGGCAAUUUUUGCCCAAAUGCUAAGCCCACUGUAAAAUACCAGCUUGAAUUAAGACAGAAGGAAAUUCCUACAGUACCUUUCUCAAGCUGAAAGGAGGGGUGGCUAUUAAAUGUUAAUUCUACUUUUUUUUUUUUCAGAGUGUGAUCUUAAACUGUGGGUUAAAUCCAGUGAAUUUUGUUGCAGGCCUGACAUGCUAAUUGGAUUUGGUUUUCUUUCAUUUAUUUGUAAACUGGUAGCAAUUAAAUGAAUUGUCCUGAA